GUGAGCGCAGAAGAGGAUAAAAAGGGUUCUGCAGCCCUGGCCUCAGUAUUUUGGCGACACUUUUCCUGGGGCUUCUUGUAAAACUUCUAAAGACAGAUGAAGGGAGCGUCAUUUACUCCUUGCUAUUAAGGGAAAUGUUGUGGAAUAUAAGCGGAUUUAGGUACUACAAAUCUUGGGCAUGGCCUUUCUGUCCUCCCACCUUCUAGUUCACGGUGAUCUAUCCCCAGGCUAGCAAUAGCCGGUGCAUCCCGUAAACCUAUUCCGGUGUCCUCUGUCAUUAGCACCCACAGAGACCCCCUGCAAGGUGUUUCUCCGCCACCUUCGGCUGGGGGGUGCUCGGAUAAACUUUGCCUUCCUCCCUAGCGGGAAAAGCUCCCUUCCACUUCCGCUCGCCGGCCCCGCCUCCCGUCCCUCCCCCUCCACCCCCCCAAGCUGGGUCCUAGCGCCUGCCGCGCCCUGGCUGUGUCCCGGGCUCCGUCGGUGAGAGGAGCUGUCGUUGACGCCACAGAGCCAGCCCCAGUCUGUUCAGGGACUUCUACAGGAAUGAGAGGAGACCAAGGUGUAACCUGAGCUCAGGGUUCUGGUCAUCGUGGGGCUGGCCCAGGUAGCAGAUAAGCCUGGGAGGGCCCAACUACUCAAGGCGAAUUAAACACCUGGAUUCAAGUCUCAGCUGCACGAGUUACUAGAGAAGCCCCGCCCAUCCAGGCCAUGGAGGUAGAGUCAUCGGAGGAGAGGUCCCCAGCCCCUGGCUACAAGCGCUCUGGCCGUCGCUAUAAGUGCCUGUCCUGUACCAAGACGUUUCCAAAUGCACCCCGGGCAGCACGCCAUGCUGCCACACAUGGGCCUGCAGACUGCACAGAGGAGGUGGCCGAGGCAAAGCUGAAGCCAGAGACAGACCCCAAAGCGGAGGAUGCCAGCGGGGACAAGGUGUCAGGUGCAGCGGCGAAGCCUCGGCCGUAUGCGUGCCCGCUGUGCCCCAAGGCCUACAAAACGGCACCAGAGCUGCGCAGUCACGGGCGCAGCCACACGGGCGAGAAGCCCUUCCCUUGCCCCGAGUGCGGUCGCCGCUUCAUGCAGCCCGUGUGCCUGCGCGUGCACCUGGCCUCGCACGCCGGCGAGUUGCCCUUCCGCUGCGCGCACUGCCCCAAGGCUUAUGGCGCGCUCUCCAAGCUCAAGAUCCACCAGCGCGGUCACACCGGCGAGAGGCCCUACGCCUGCGCCGACUGUGGCAAGAGCUUCGCUGACCCCUCGGUGUUCCGCAAGCACCGGCGCACGCAUGCAGGCCUGCGGCCCUACAGCUGCGAGCGCUGCGGCAAGGCCUAUGCUGAACUCAAGGACCUCCGUAACCACGAGCGGUCCCACACUGGCGAGCGCCCCUUCCUCUGCUCAGAGUGCGGGAAGAGCUUCUCCCGCUCGUCCUCGCUCACGUGCCACCAGCGCAUCCAUGCGGCGCAAAAGCCCUACCGCUGCCCGGCCUGUGGCAAGGGCUUCACGCAGCUCAGCUCCUACCAGAGCCACGAGCGCACGCACUCUGGCGAGAAGCCCUUCCUCUGCCCCCGCUGCGGCCGCAUGUUCUCCGACCCCUCGAGCUUCCGGCGCCACCAGCGGGCACACGAGGGUGUGAAGCCCUACCGCUGCGAGAAGUGUGGCAAGGACUUCCGGCAGCCGGCCGACCUGGCCAUGCAUCGGCGGGUGCACACAGGCGACCGGCCGUUCAAGUGCCUGCAGUGUGACAAGACCUUCGUCGCGUCCUGGGACCUCAAGCGGCACGCGCUGGUGCACUCCGGCCAGCGGCCCUUCCGCUGCGAGGAGUGCGGCCGAGCCUUCGCCGAGCGGGCCAGCCUCACUAAGCACAGCCGGGUGCACUCGGGUGAGCGCCCCUUCCACUGCAACGCGUGCGGAAAGUCCUUCGUGGUCUCGUCAAGCCUGAGGAAGCACGAGCGGACCCAUCGCAGUAGCGAGGCCGCAGGGCCUCCCCCGCAGCAGGAGCUGGUGGUGGGGCUGGCGCUGCCGGUCAGCGUGGCAGGCGAGGGCUCAGCAGCCCCGGCAGCAGGGGCUGGGCUCGGGGACCCUGCAGCAGGGCUGCUGGGGCUGCCUCCGGAAUCGGGUGGUGUGAUGGCCACCCAGUGGCAAGUGGUGGGCAUGACGGUGGAGCACGUGGAGUGCCAAGAUGCUGGGGUUGGGGAGGCUCCUGGUCCCUUGGGGGGGGCAGGCGAAGUGGGGGGUGAGGAGGUGGACGAGAAACCACCACAGUUUGUAUGCCGGGAGUGCAAGGAGAUGUUCUCCACGCUGACGUUGCUGCGACGGCACGAGCGCUCGCACCCAGAGCUCCGGCCCUUCCCCUGCACCCAGUGCGGCAAGAGCUUCUCAGACCGGGCUGGGCUGCGCAAGCACAGCCGCACCCACAGCUCUGUGCGCCCCUACACCUGCCCGCACUGCCCCAAGGCCUUCUUGAGUGCCAGCGACCUGCGCAAGCACGAACGUACCCACCCUGUGCCCAUCGGGACCCCCACGCCCCUCGAGCCCCUCGUGGCUUUGCUAGGAAUGCCUGAAGAGGGGCCAGCCUGAGUCCCAGGCCCCCUCUGCCACACUCCUGGGAGCUCCGCCCCUACAGGGUGCUUCCUGAACCUCCCUUUGCCUCAGCUCACUCUUAGACUCCAGAUCCAUCCCUUCAUCCCAGGCAGCUAGCUCACCUUCCUGACAAAGAGCUGGGGACAGUGGAGGCUGGCAGCAGCCUCUGAGAGACAUGGCUCCCUCCGAGCACCACUCAUUAAAGCAUUCGCUUUGACACUGGGUUGUCUUCUGUGUUCUGGUCGGGGGUAAGUAAUGGGAAUUUGGGCAUCAGAUAAGGUUCAGUGGAGAUCCCUGGAUUGACAAAUUAGAAACUAGAAGGGUCUUUGGGUGCACUGUUUUCUCUACGUUUCAGAAUGUCUUGUGACAAAGGGUUCCACGGUCAAGUAAGUACAGGAAAUUCCUGUACCCUUAUUGGGGAUUCUUGGUGAUCAAAGUAUGUUAAAGUCAUCGAUAAGUCCUGCAAUGAACAAAUCUAUUUUGCUUUGUUUAGCCCACACUUACUUGACCUGUUACUGAGUAGCUCUACUUCUGUCUUUUUGCAGAUAAUAAACUGAGGCCCAAAGUUAGUAUAUUUCCCACAAAUUGCAAUAACAAAUUAGAAAAUACACUUGGGGUCCCAUUCACAAUAACAACAAAACCCAUAAACUACAAAGGAGUAAAUCUCACAAAAAACAUGCAAACCCUGUAUGAAGAAAAUAGUAUCUUUGUCCUGAAGGAUAUAAGACCUAAUUAAAUGGAGAUAUACCAUGUACCUGAGUGGAAAGUUAUUAUUAAAAGAUGUUGAUUCUCCAGUUUAAUCCUUAAGUUCAUUGCCAUCCAAAAGAAUUUUUUAACAAAACUUGAAAAUCCUAAAUUCCUGUGCAAUAUAUAUAUGUAAAAACAGUGGAGGGGACUUCCCUGGUGGUCCAAUGGUUAAGACUCCGUGCUCUCAAUGCAGGGGGCCCAGGUUCGAUCCCUGGUCAGGGAACUAGAUCCCAUAUGCCGCAGCUAAGAGCCCGCAUGCCACAACGAAGAGCCUGCAUGCCGCAGCUAAGACCCAGCACAGCCAAAUACAUAAAUUAAUAAAUAUUUUUAAAAAACCAACAACAGUGAAGCUGUCAGGACUUCCCUGGCGGUCCAGUGGUUAAAACUCCGUGCUUCCACUGCAGGGGGCAAGGGUUCGAUCCUUGGUCAGGGAACUAAGAUCCUGCAUGCUGUGUUGCUCAAAACAAAAACAAAAAAACAGUGGAAAUGAUGUAUUUGACACGCUAGAUAAUCAAACACCAAAGCACUGGAAUAAAAACAGGAGAUUACUGACAUAAGAAUAAAUUAAUAGAGUGGGGGAGAGGGUUCAAAAGCAGCCCUAUUUCUGGGAAUGUAGUUUAUGAUAAAUAUGAUUAUUCAAAUCGGGAGAAAUGUAGGCUGUUAAAUAAUUUGAUAGUUAUAGCUGUACUCUGGAAGGCUACAUAACUUUUAAAGUAAUUUUGCAAAGAACCAAAAAUGGAAAAACAAAAACGAGGCGCCACAUUUAGUGUAAACUGGGAAGAUGAUUUGAUGUUUAUCAAAAGUUAAAUACUUCAUGAUGUAUGUAAUCAUUAUGCUGUACGCCUUAAACAUACAGUACUGUAUGUCACGUCUCAAAACUGGAAGAGGGGAAAAAAGCAAACAAACACAUUUUUUUAAAAAAGGUUAAAUGCAUAUACUCUCAGCAAGUACACCUCAAAGAAUUUACAUCACAGAUUUCCUUUUCCAGUUCUGUGGCAAAACUGAAGAUGAAAGAUUCUUUGGUGCAGCAAAAUUUGUGAUAACUGGGAACACCCUAUAUGUCCAUUAGCAAAGGACUAACUAUAUAAGGCCUCUGUAAGAUAUAUUAUGCAACAGUUUUUUUAAAAAUGAGCCUUAUCAGUAGUGGGAAGCAGCCGCACAGCACAGGGAGAUCAGCUCGGUGCUUUGUUACCAACUAGAGGGGUGGGAUAGGGAGGGUGGGAGGGAGACACAAGAGGGAGGAAAUAUGGGGAUAUAUGUAUAUGUAUAGCUGAUUCACUUUUUUAUAAGGCAGAAACAAACACACCACUGUAAACCAAUAAAGAUGUUUAAAAAAAAAAGCCAAGAGAAAGAAAAACACAAAGCUCAAAAAAAAAAAAAAAAAUGAGGCUUAUCAGGACUUCCCUGGCGGCGCAGUUGUUAAGAAUCCACCUGCCAAUGCAGGGGACACGGGUUUGAGCCCUGGUCUGGGAAGAUACCACAUGCGACAGAGCAACUAAGCCUAUGCGCCACAACUACUGAGCCCAUGUGCCACAACUACUGAAGCCCGCGUGCCUAGAGCCAGUGCUCCGCAACAAGAGAAGCCACCGCAAUGAGAAGCUCACGCACCGCAGCAAAGAGUAGCCCCUGCUCGCCGCAACUAAAGAAAGCCCACAGGCAGCAAUGAAGACCCAACACACACAAAAAUAAGUAAAUAAAAUUUUUUUAAAUGUUUAAAAAAAUGAGGCUUAUUAAUCUAUGUUGUUGAGCAAUAUUCAAAAAAUAUGUCAAGUGUAAAAUAGUGAAGUACAAAGCAGUGUGGUUAGUAUGCUCCCAUUUGGGCCGAAUUACACAUAAGUGCUCAAAUUCCUAUAGAAUAUUUCUAGAAAGAUAAUCAAGAACUGAUUCUGGACUAUAAAUUCUAACCACCGGGGCCUUCUGCAUUUAUAAGCCAAAACAAAGCCAAAGGUCAGAGUGAACCAGAUCCUUCUUUCUAUGCUGUUAUCUGUAGACUUGGGGGCCACCAAGUUGGCAGCCUUAGGAAGUGCCCGGUGUGCCACUGCCAGUCAUGGGGACUAGGCAGCAGCUGGCUGUAGCCCAGGACUGGUACACCAGGUAGCACCUGGAGCAGAAGUACUAGGUAUCCCCUUGGUGUCAGGGGCCUCACUCAGUGUUGUCAUGCCCAGGCCCUCAUUCCUGUUCUCCACAGCAGAACAAGGGGGCCACAUGGCAACAGCAGGGAUCAGUGUCAUGGCUGCAGAAAGAGGGCACCAGUUUGACCAAGGACACUCACUGCCCAGAACCAUAUCCAGAGCAGGAAAGAAACAGACACCGGACUGAGGGAUUGAAAGCAGGGGAACUUUUGUUUACUACUGACUUGAGUUUUGGCCUUGAGCAAGAUGAUUUAUCUUGGGGUUUGGGGAGGCACCUUUUAAAAAUAGGUGUAAAGAUACCAUAUACACUAAUCAACAGAUAUCCCUGGGUAUCUAUCUACAGUGAAGGAUGAAGUGGGUCCCCUGGAUGUUCAGAACAGAUCCACAACUCCUGCUCCCUUUCUGGGCCCAGACAACACACCCAUCCCUUGGUCCCUCUUCUCUGACACCCCCAGUAUCCCAUACCCUAGUUCCUGCUCCCUGAGGACACAGUCUGACUUUCAAAAAAUUAACAGCAUUAUUAAAAUAUAAUUCAUAUACCAUACAAUUAACCUGUCUGAAGUGUACAAUUCAGUGUUUUUUUGGUAUAUUCACAGGGUUAUGCGACCAUCACAGUCUGAUUUUAGAAUAUUCUCAUACCCUCAAAAGAAACUCCAUACCCAUUAGCUGUCACUUCCUAUUGAUCCAAGCCCCUCCCCCCACCAACCCUUUUCCCUCAGCCCUCAUCAAUGGCUAAUCUACUUUCAGUCUCUAUAGGUUUGCCUAUUGUGGACAUUUCAUGUAAAUGGAGUCAUACAAUAUGUGGUCUUUUGUGACGGAUUUUUUACUUGGCAUAAUGUUCUCAAGGCUCAUCCAUGUUGUAGUUUGAUCAAUUCUUCAUUCUUUUUUAUUGUCAAAUAAUAUUCCAUUGUAUGGCUAUGCUACCUUUAUUUAUCCUUUCAUCAGCUGAUGGACAUUUGGGUCUCCAUCUUUUGUCUAUUGUGAGUAAUGCUGCUGUGAACAUUCAUGUACAAGUUGUUUUUUUUUUAAAUGAACUAAGUGAGCCUGUCUUUUUUUAAAAUACAUUUACUUAUUUUAUUUUAUUUAUUAUUUUUGGCUGCACUGGGUCUUCAUUGCUGUGCACGGGCUCUCUCUAGUUGUGGUGAGCGGGGACUACUCUUUGUUGCAGUGCACGGGCUUCUCAUUGCGGUGGCUUCUCUUUGUUGCGGAGCACAGGUUCUAGGUGCGCAGGCUUCAGUAGUUGUGGAAUGUGGGCUCAGUAGUUGUGGCUUGCGGGCUCGGUAGUUGUGGCUCGCGGGCUGUAGAGCACAGGCUCAGUAGUUGUGGCGCACGGGCUUAGUUGCUCCGUGGCAUGUGGGAUGUUCCCAGACCAGGGAUCAAACCCAUGUCCCCUGCAUUGGCAGGCGGAUUCUUAACCACUACGCCACCAGGGAAGUACCUGUACUUUUGGGUGGACAAAUUUUCAAUUCUCUGUGUAUAUAUCUAGGAGUGGAAUUGCUGGGUCAUAUGGUAACUCUAUGUUUAACCAUUUGAGCAACUGUCAGACUGUUUGCCAAAGUGGCUGCACCAUUUUACAUUCCCACCAACAGGGUAUGAAUGUUCCAGUUUCUCCACAUCUUCACCAACAGUUGUUAUUAUCUGUCUUUUUUAUUACAGCCAUCCUAGUAGGUGUAAAUUUGUUGUUUUGAUUUACAUUUCCCUGGCGGCAAAUGAUGUUGAGGAUCUUUUCAUGGGCUUAUUGGCCAUUUGUAUAUCGUCUUUGGAUAAAUAUCUAUUCCAAGUCCUUUGCCCAUUAUUAUUAUUUUUUUUUAAUUUGGCUGUGCUGGGUCUUAGUUGCGGCACGUAGGAUCUUUUAGUUGCAGCAUGCAAACUCUUAGCUGUGGCAUGUGGGAUCUAGUUCCCCGACCAGGGAUCAAACCCGGGCCCCCUGCAUUGGGAGCACCAAGUCUUAGCCACUGGACCACCAGGGAAGUCCCCCUUUGCCCAUUUUUUAAAUUGGAUUGAUUCUGUUGAGUGGUAGGACUUAUGUAUUCUAGAUACAAGUUCCUUAUGAUUUGCAAAAAUUCCCUCCUGUUGUGUCGGUUGUAUUUUUACUUUCUUGAUGGUGCCCUUUAAAGCACAAACAUUUUUAAUUUUGAUGAUGUCCAAUUUGUGUAUUUUUGUCUAUUUUUGCUUGUGCUUUGAGAGCCAUAUCUAAUAACCCAUUUCCUAAUACAAGGUCGUGAAAAUUUAUGCCUAUGUUUUCAUCCAAGGGUUUUAUAAACAUUUACAAAGUUUAUAAUUUAGUUAUAAAUGUAAAAGUUUAAAAUGCAUAAAAGUUUUUUUCAAAUAAACUAUGUUUUUAUAGCUAAAAGCUCUUACAUUUAGAUUUUUGAUCCAUUUUGAGUUAAUUUUUGUAUAUGGUUUGAGGUAAGGGUCCAACUUCAUUCUUCUGCAUGUGGAUAUCCAAUUGUCCCAACUCCAUUUAUUGAAAAGACUAUUUUUUCUCCACUGAAUUGUCUUGACUUCAUUGUUGAAAAUAAACUAACUGUAAAUAUAAGAGUUUAUUUCCAGACUCUCAAUUUUAUUCCCUGGGUAUAUAUCUUUCUUUAUGCCAGUAUCACAUUGUUUUGCUUGCUGUAGCUUGGUAGUAAAAUUUUAAAUCAGGACCUGUGAGUCUUCCAACUUGUUCUUCUAUUUCAAGAUUAGUUUUGUUUUUCUAGAUCCCUUGCAUUUCCAUAUGAAUUUUAGGAUCAGCUUGUCAACUUUUGCAAAAAAGAGAAAGAAAAGCAAGCUGUCUGGGAUUCUGAUAGGGAUUGCAUUGGCUCCGUAGAUCAAUUUGAGGAGUACUGUCAUCUUGACAAUAUUAAAUAUUCUGACCCAUGAACAUGGGGUGUUUUUAAAUUUAUUUAGAUUUUAAUUUCUUUCAACAGUGUUUUAUAGUGUUCAGUGUAUAAAUCUUACAUUUCUUUUGUUAAAUUUAUAUAGAAGUAUUUUAUUCCUUUUGUUCCUAUUGUAAAUGGAAUUGUUUUCUUUCGUUUUUGGAUUGUUCAUUGCUAGUGAUGAGAAAUACAAUAGAUUUUUGUACAUUGUUCUUGUUUUCUGAAACCUUGCUGAACCAGUUUACUAGCUCCAAUAUUUGUGUGUGUGUGUAUUCCUAAGGAUUUUCUAUAUACAGGAUCAUGUCAUCUGUAAAAUGAGAUUGUUUACUUCUUCUUUUCCAGUCUGGAUGCCAUUUGUUUCUUUUUAUUGCUUACAGGGUUAAAUAGAAGUGAUGGGAGAAGACAUCCUGAUCUGAGGGGGAAAACAUCCAGUCUUUCAUCAUUUAAGUAUGAUGUUAGCUGUGACUUUUUCACAGAUGCCCUUUGAUAAUUAGCAAGUUAAGGAAGUUCCCUCUUAUUCCUAGUUUCUUAAGCUUUUUUAAAACAUCAAAGUUGUUGGGCUUCCCUGGUGUCACAGUGGUUAAGAAUCCACCUGCCAACGCAGGGUACACAGGUUCGAGCUCUGGUCCGGGAAGAUACCACAUGCCGCAGAGCAACUAAGCCCGUAUGCCACAACUACUGAGGCUGCGUGCCACAACUACUGAAGCCUGAAGGCCUAGAGCCCAUGCUCCUCAACAAGGGAAGCCACCGCAAUAAGAAGCCCGUGCACCACAACGAAGAGUAGCCCCGGCUCACUGCAACCAGAGAAAAGCGUUCACACAGCAAUGAAGACCCA